AUGUUGUGCUGCCGCCGCAGAAAGAAAGAACCUCGCAGGAAGAUAGAAAAGAGCGAUAUCAGACCGGUCUUACCAUAUGGCGAUCAGGAGCCUAUAGUGGCAGAAGGCGAAUACGACGAGGAAAAAUACAUUGGCUCGCCAGUCAAGCAUUCACCAGACGAGCCACCUCAGUUGGAAGUCGACCUACCAACAGCAAUGCAGCCACCAACGAAACCGCGAUAUUUUCUAGGCGGGAGGGAUGCUCGUCAAAGUAAACUAUCUGUAGUCAGUUCGCUGGGCGAUGGCGAAGCAGCGAUACAAGCAGAUACAAAUAUUCCAGUAUGGGGUCGGGAUUCGGGUACCACACAUACACCGCAUCACAGUUAUUCAGCAGCCACAGAAUUGGCGAGGCAGAACAGUCGAGAUUCUCGGCAAAGAUUGUCCGAGUUUGGGAGAUUGUCUCCUAGCAAACGUGCUUCGAGACUUAUUCAAAGCUGGCAUCCAGGUUUGGGGAUUACGACGAGGGGAACUGUGAUUCAUCGACCGAACAGAAAGAGCAGGUUGAGUAGCACCUUCUCUAUGACAAGAGAUCGGAGCAGCCGAGGCUCCCUCAACACAUACGGAACCAGUAUACUGUCCACCAAGCCAGACUACCCUGCUUCAAACUCGAACAGGAACUCAGCUACGAUAGGCCCUGUAUUAGUCCCUGAUGGGGAAAAGCGCCGCUCCCUGACAGAAUCACAAAAGCGUCGCAGCAUCCGCAUAGUCAGCCAAACCGAGAGUGUCGUAGAUCGCAGACCUCUGGCCGAAAAACGACAAUCCUUCAUCCGCAAUCGAGCAAGCAGCAGCGUCAUGAGUCCAGUUCUCUUCGCGUCCUCCCGACGCUCCUCAAACAUGGGCUUAUACAGCAAUCUCGGCUCCAUAAAAGGCAGCCCUAGCAUACGUCGCCAAACAACCUCUUCAUCUCUGCUUGAACCACCGGCACGAAACCCUCGCCGCUUAGUCUCUGGCCCACAUAUCUUCCCUCCUGGUCUACCACGAGCAAUAACUCCAUCACCUUCCCGCUCUCCUGAGAGAAACAGUCAGCUGCGUGCUGCGAAUAACAACAGUCCUACUCUACCUCCCGCAAACACAGCAGACAAUUGGACAACAACAACAGACACCAGCAGCUCCCUCUCCCGCGACAAUUCCGACGCAAAAGCCGCAGCCCAAUACGCCGAGUACGCUCUAGAGAUGGAAUUGCCACGACACCAACGCACUUGGGUCCGGCCAGGGGAAGCGUCGCCCACGCCUCCCCCUAGCAGCAUUCUGCGCAUCGCAAGCAAUAGCAACAACCGUGAAGCUGCGCGGCGUAAAUGGGCCGAGAAACUCAAUCGCAACAGUUCUGGAAACUUGGCUUCGAGGAGCCCGUCACCGCUGCGGGUCACGCUGAGUGGUGUCAGUGCAUCGAGAAUCAAAGGCAGGAAGCAGAGAUUAAAGAACACUGCUGCCUCUUCUGAUGACGACAAAGAGAACAAGACUGAAGAUCGCCUGAGUAAACUUGUUAGUAACGACAGUUUCAGCGGUGCUAAGCACAUGCGAGGAAGGAAGAGCUUGGUGCAAGUGGAAGCUGGAAAUAGGAUUAGUAGUUCGAAGGCUAGAGUCGAGGAUCCCGACAUCACUGUCGUUAGGCACUCAACUGGCGAUGACGGAUGGGAAGAUGUGGUCGGCGAGGAUGCUCUAUCUGUCCAGGGUGUAGCAAAGGGCGUGUUAGCGUCUUCGCCGUCUAAUGCUAGUAGUGUCAGGUUUCUUUAA